GUCUGUUUAGUUCUGUCGUAAAGGGCAUAAUUAAAAUAACAUACAUGUCGCCUUUUUAAACAGGCGAAAGCACUGCUACCCAUUCUCCCUGAAGCGGCUGUCGGCAUUGUGUUUUUCACCAUCCGAGCUUGUUCGUCCCCCUGAACUUGUGCUUGGAAGAACUCGGAGAUUGCAUUAAAAUAUCUAAGGUCAGUGGAAAAACUAAGAAAAUGGAGGCUCAGGCACCAGUCAUCCAGACUCCACCAAAAAAUGGGCCGCAGAUGAACCAAAAGAAAAAUCUCAAGAGAAAGCAGCAGCGGCAGCAUUCUGCUGAUAUAGUGUUCAGCAAAGGGGCAUCUAUCCAGACCAUGCCCUGUCUUGGUAAACUGUUGAAGGAGGUCACAGAGUGUAUCAUUGGUCUUCAGUAUGUGUGGGAGUACCGCAGCCCCAGUAAAUCUGUCCCCCCACACUACCAGUGCAAACUUUGUGCCGUGUCCCGCUUGCAGCAUGAUAUGCUUGCCCACGUGAAAGGCUGGAAACACUGCUUCAGAUAUUUGAAAAAGGUCCACCCUGACAAGGUCAGCUAUGAAGAGGAAGCAGCUGUCAAAGACCCUGCUGUAAGAAAGGCUAUUAAAGAAGUUGCAGCUGAGGUGGCAAAUACGGAGGGCAGGGGACAACUCAAGGUGAUUCUGAAGGAGCCCUAUGAUGUGCCUGCUUUCAAAGGACUCCGUUCUGCUGCUCCUAAAAUCAAACCUCCACCACCACCAGGGAUGGGACUAAAGGGACCACCACCCUUUGGUCCCAGGUUCUCUGACCCAAGGUUUCCAGGAGAGUAUCCUCCUCAGGGUGGUCCUCUCUCUGAUUAUCCAGUUGGAGAGUUCCGGGACCCCGGCUUUGGAGGUUACCCAGGCAGACAAGAUUUCCAUGACUCUGGUAUGGAUCAAAGACCUUUCCCAGAUGGUAUGGGUCAUCACCCAGGCGGAGAUGGUUUUGGACCAGGUGGUGGACGAGAUGGUUUUGGACCAGGUGGUGGACGAGAUGGUUUUGGACCAGGUGGUGGACGAGAUGGUUUUGGACCAGGUGGUGGACGAGAUGGUUUUGGACCAGGUGGUGGACGAGAUGGUUUUGGACCUGGUGGUGGACGAGAUGGGUUUGGACCAGGUGGUGGAAGAGAUGGUUUUGGACCAGGUAGCGGAAGAGAUAGCUUUGCACGGAGUGGAUUACUGGAUGAGAGCCCCAGUAGAAUGUAUCCUGAUAAGUACCGACCUAACCCAAUGGGGAGUGGCUUGAUGAACAGACCAAUGGACAAGCCUCUGGAGAGGCCAGGCUUGAUGGGAGCAGCUCCAGAAAGUGGCAGUCUUCCAAAUACCCUCCUCACUUACCUGGAUACUUUCCGGAUAGAGAAUGAGGGUGACGCACAGCUGGUGCUGAAGGUGACACAGAAGCUAACAGAUGUGCUGAUGGAGUACAGAUUGAGGAGCGUAUCAACGGGUUCUAGUCUGAGUAGUCUGUCAAUGAGCUCCACAAGCUUCUCCUCUACACCCUCCAGAUUGCCAAGCAGUAACGAUCGAUUUUCCAGUGGUCUCUCAGGUCCAUCCAGGUUCUCUUCUGGUCCACAAAGAUAUUACAAAUGACCAUCAGGAGAUGUGACACACCAUCUUCUCAUCUCUCUGUCUUAUGUUCACAUCAGUCACAACUGUCCAGGAGCUUAAAAACUUUAUUUUUGUGUAUAUUUUUAGGUACGGUUUUUUUGUGUUGCUACCUAGUAGUCUAAUUUUUUUUAAACAUUUUUGACUUAGACAAUUGAAGACUUCAAGUUUUACAGAAGAUGUGCAUGUUUUCUGCAGCUGUGUAUGACCACUUUUAAUUUCCCACCGUGGUCCACUUCUAUUAAAACUAAUCGGGAAAAUGA